UAUAAGCUCCAAAUUAUAAAUCCUUUUUUCGAGGGUAGGUGUGAAAAAAGUUAACACUGUUUUUAAAGAGCUCCGUAUUUUCAAUCAUCAUAAAAUUAAAAAAUAGUAAUUUUAUACCAUUAUUUUAGUAGAUUUAGUGUUAAGUGUGAUAAAUGUGAUAAAUAGUACCCACCAGACAGUACUUAUUCUCCUAGUGAAAUUCAAUUAAGUUCACUUCUUUUAUAUCCCUUUGUUCCGAUCACUACGUAUUACCAGUCAUCAUGGAUGCAUUAAAAGACUCGCUCAACGCCUUGGCUGAAAUGUUCGAACAGAAGAUGAGCGAGUUCCAGCAGGGCCUAGAUAAUGGACCCAUUACAAACACAUCCUUGGCUGCAGAGUUUAACAGCUUCAGGACCUUUGUGCUCUCUGCCAUGAAUACUUUGCAGAGACAGGUGGAGUUCCUUGGUAUAGAGGUUGAUCGUCUGGAGAUGCGUAGAAGGCGCAAAAUGCUACUAGUGCACGGAGUCAGCGAAGAUAAGUCGGAAGAUGUUACUUCACGUGUUUGUAAAGUAGUAGGGGAACAUCUUGGUGUGACUGGAUUCUCUGUUGCUUCCAUCAAGUCAUCCCAUCGCUUAGGACGUCCUUCCGAAAAGAAACCUCGUCCUAUAGUGGUAAAGUUUGCGGAUGUAGCAUUGCGGGAUAAGGUUUGGUUCUCCAAAACUGGAUUUAAGGGCAGCGGUUUAACUGUGUCAGAGUGUUUAACAAAGAGUCGUCAUAACUUAUUUAUGGAGGCAAGGCAGAGAUUCGGCAUAAACAAGUGCUGGACAAGGGAUGGAUGCAUCCAUAUUAUAGCCCCAGAUGGUUCACAUCACCGAGUUGAGUGGAAAGCUGACCUACACAGCAUACCACAGACAUCUAAACAGACAUCUAAGCCUCUGACUUAGUGUACUGCCAGUCUCACCUCCAGGUCCAAAAGAACGGUCAAAAAUAAGUAAUAGGUUUAGUUAACUGUAAGCUUUUUGUAACUUCUAAUUACCUAUGUCACUACCACAAAGCCUAAGCUAUCCUAGUAUGAAUCUUUAUGUUAUGUAUAUGAAUUAAACUAUUUUUUAUUUAGUAUUUAUAACUUAUUACAAAAUUUCAUUACCAUC